AUGAUUGAAGAUGACAUUUACCGGACCUCAUCACAAUUCCGACUAUGGUCCUAUACCGAAGCUUCCCUCAAAGAGCUUCGCGCCAAGACCAAUGCGAUUGCCAGCGAGCGUGCUCGAGCUGCGAUACGGCGGGCGCCUUCAGCCCAGCCAUCCACCACGUCCUCCGCGGCGGGGACACCGCAGCCAGGGAGUGACGGGGAGACCAAGAAAACAGAGGAAAAGGCAAAGGCAAUUGACUGUUUGACACCGGAAGAAGAGCUUGUCUUUGUUCGAUACUAUUGCGAGAAAACACUGGAGCUGGGCGAGACAUACAAACCACCACUACCAACGAUGGUCCGAGCGACUGCAAUUCAAUAUCUCCGCCGAUUUUAUCUUACCAAUUCCCCUAUGACCCAUCAUCCAAAAUCCAUCAUGGCCUGCGCACUCUUUCUCGCUACAAAGACAGACAACUACUACAUGUCUCUUCAACAAUUCGCCGAGGGCAUCCCAGGAAACACAUCGGCAGAGGAGGUCAUUUCACCCGAAUUCCUCAUCAUGCAAGGCCUGCGCUUCACCUUUGACGUUAGACACCCAUUCCGCGGCCUAGAAGGCGGCAUCAUGGAACUCUCAGCGAUCGCCCAAGGACAAGCUCCUCCAGCACCACAUAUCCCAAAUAAAUCACCCCAGCAACUCCUACAACAACUUCAAUCCAUUGCGCCUCCCCCAGUUGCUUGUUCCUCGAUCGCAGACCGUAUCGCCCGUGCCCACGGCACAACUCGCGAAACACUCAAAUGCGCCGCCCAGAUGACGGACGCUUACUUCCUCUACACACCUUCCCAGAUAUGGCUCUCUGCUUUCCUUCUCGCUGAUCGACCACUCGCUGAAUUCUACCUUGACACUAAACUUGGUGGUCCACUUACGCAAACUACCAAUACAGACCAAUCUGAUCUGCAGAACCCGCUCUACGAACUGCGCGUAAAACUACUCAAUGUUCUGACUGAAUGUUCUGCACUCCUCCACUCAUAUACUCCGCUUUCCGAAGAUCCAGAUCAGAUGAAGGAUUUGAAACGCAUUGCGAAGAAGUUGUUCUAUUGCCAGAACCCCGAGGGGAAGAGUACGAAGCGGGAUUCUGCUCAGUCGCAGGCCGUUGCAGCAGCAGCAGCUACCGACUCGGGACAGGUUACGUCGGAGAGUGAAUCAGAGCGAUUAGCGAAGAAGCGGAAGCUGGAGCAGGAGCAAAAGUUAAAAACUAAUGGUUCGGAUAUUUUUGGUCCUGAGUUGGUUGCUGAUCGAACUAAGCAGUGA